CGUCGUUGACGGCUCGGACGGACUGGCCGGCGAGGAAUGUGAUUGUGCGCAGUGGGGGCGGCAGCGGCCGCAGCCACAAGCUGGCUGGGGAGGAGGGAUAGUCCACCAGACUGCGGGCGUGGUCGGGAACGCGCAGAGCCGGCGCGCAGGCGGAAGCAGGACCUGGGGAAAGAGGGGUGACAGGCCCGGGGCCGUUGCACGGGCCGGGGGAAGCGUCGGCGGCGAGAGUGGGGAAGGGAGGCCGGCGUAGCGGCCCGGACUCUCCGGACACAGGCCGCGGCUGCGCCGGCGGUUUCCGGCUCGGCAGGGAGGGUGGUGCCGCCGCCUGGACCCCGGAGUGGAAAAUGUUCAACGUGGAAUCCCUGGAGCGGGUGGAGCUGUGCGAGAGCCUCCUCACCUGGAUCCAGACAUUUAAUGUGGAAGCACCAUGCCAGACUGUGGAAGAUUUAACGAAUGGGGUUGUGAUGGCCCAGGUGCUUCAAAAGAUAGAUCCUGUAUAUUUUGAUGAAAAUUGGCUAAAUAGAAUAAAAACUGAAGUGGGAGACAAUUGGAGAUUAAAGAUAAGCAAUUUGAAGAAAAUUUUAAAAGGAAUUCUGGAUUACAACCAUGAGAUUUUAGGACAACAGAUUAAUGAUUUUACACUUCCUGAUGUUAAUCUUAUUGGGGAACACUCAGAUGCUGCAGAGCUUGGAAGGAUGCUUCAACUCAUUUUGGGAUGUGCUGUGAACUGUGAACAGAAACAAGAGUACAUCCAGGCCAUUAUGGUGAUGGAAGAGUCUGUUCAGCAUGUUGUCAUGACAGCCAUUCAAGAGCUGAUGAGCAAGGAAUCUCCAGUUUCUCUUGGAAAUGAUGCCUAUGUUGACCUUGACCGCCAGUUAAAGAAGACUACAGAAGAAUUGAAUGAAGCUUUGGCAGCAAAAGAAGAGAUUGCACAGAGGUGCCAUGAAUUAGACAUGCAGGUUGCAGCAUUGCAAGAAGAAAAAAGUAGUUUACUUGCAGAAAAUCAGAUAUUAAUGGAAAGAUUAAACCAGUCCGAUUCAAUAGAAGAUCCUAACAGUCCAGCUGGCCGAAGACAUCUUCAACUACAGACCCAGUUAGAACAGCUUCAAGAGGAAACAUUCAGACUAGAAGCAGCCAAAGACGAUUAUCGAAUACGCUGUGAAGAAUUGGACAAAGAAAUUUCUGAACUCCGGCAACAAAAUGAAGAACUGACCACUUUGGCAGAUGAAGCUCAGUCUUUGAAAGAUGAAAUAGAUGUUCUUAGGCAUUCUUCUGAUAAAGUGGCUAAACUUGAAGGCCAAGUAGAAUCAUAUAAAAAGAAACUAGAAGAUCUUGGUGAUUUGAGGAGGCAGGUAAAACUCUUAGAAGAGAAGAACACCAUGUACAUGCAGAACACUGUAAGUCUAGAGGAGGAGUUAAGGAAAGCCAAUGCAGCUCGCAGUCAACUUGAAACAUACAAGAGACAGGUAGUAGAACUACAAAAUAGAUUAUCUGAAGAAUCAAAGAAAGCAGAUAAAUUAGAUUUUGAAUAUAAACGGCUGAAAGAAAAAGUGGACAGUCUUCAAAAAGAAAAGGAUAGAUUAAGAACUGAACGGGAUUCUCUUAAAGAGACCAUUGAAGAACUUAGAUGUGUACAGGCUCAAGAAGGGCAGCUCACUACUCAAGGAUUAAUGCCUCUGGGAAGUCAAGAGUCUUCAGACAGUCUGGCUGCAGAGAUUGUUACACCUGAAAUAAAGGAGAAACUUAUUCGUCUUCAGCAUGAAAAUAAGAUGUUAAAACUUAAUCAAGAGGGGUCUGAUAAUGAGCGCAUUGCAUUAUUGCAGAGCCUGCUCGAUGAUGCAAAUCUACGUAAGAAUGAGCUAGAGACAGAAAACAGACUGGUGAAUCAAAGACUUCUAGAAGUACAGUCACAAGUUGAAGAAUUGCAGAAAUCUUUACAGGAACAAGGCUCAAAAGCAGAAGAUGCUAUUUCAGUUCUUCUGAAAAAGAAGCUUGAAGAACAUUUAGAGAAGCUGCAUGAAGCUAAUAAUGAAUUGCAGAAGAAACGAGCCAUUAUUGAAGACCUGGAACCAAGAUAUAACAAUAGCUCAAUAAAAAUUGAAGAAUUACAGGAAGCUUUGAGGAAGAAAGAAGAAGAAAUGAAGCAAAUGGAAGAACGAUAUAAAAAGUACUUGGAGAAGGCCAAAAGUGUUAUUCGUACUUUAGAUCCUAAGCAGAAUCAAGGAGCAGCUCCAGAAAUACAGGCUUUGAAAAAUCAACUACAAGAACGGGACCGGCUGUUCCAUUCACUAGAGAAAGAAUAUGAGAAAACGAAGAGUCAAAGAGAGAUGGAAGAAAAAUAUAUUGUUAGUGCCUGGUACAAUAUGGGAAUGACACUGCAUAAAAAGGCAGCUGAAGAUAGACUUGCUAGUACAGGUUCGGGACAGUCGUUCCUGGCCAGGCAAAGGCAGGCAACAAGCGCAAGAAGGUCUUACCCUGGUCAUGUCCAGCCAGCCACAGCAAGGUAGAGAAACCUGGUCAUUGUGGCCAUUGGAAAAGUAACCGACCUCCCUUCAAAGCAAACUUCUGUUGCACGUGACAACAUUUCAGGAAAUUCAGCCAGCUUAUUUUCUGUCUCUGUACUAUGUUGAUACUCAGUUAUUCUGCAUUUAAGGCAUUUUUUUUCUAUAUCUAUAAUGAGUUAGUUUUUUCUGUUAUUCUUUUGGAGUCUCUUUUUCCUUCCUUUUAAUGUGCCAAAACUUUUGAGAUAUCCAAUAAAGAAUGUUGUAUAACAUUCUCUUUACUUGUAUAAAAAUGUCACCACUUGCCCAAUGAUGUAGGCUUUGUAAUUUCACUAAAUUUCCUGUCAAUAAUUAACAUAAAGUUUAUAUUUUUCAUUGUUCCUAUAUGUUACCAUGCUUUAUAAGAAUGUCUUUGUUUAAAGGGAAAUAAUCUUUUUAUGAUAUAUUAAUCAGUUUUAAAUUGUUUUCUGAAAGCUCUCAAAUAACAGGUAUACUUUACUCCAUAAAAUGAUUAAGAAAUGUACUUUUUGCAAAGACUUGAAUAUAUAAGCAGAGGUGCUAAAAAUUCAAAUCUUGUCUGGAAGCACCUGAUUGAACUCUUCUUCAGAGAAAAAUGAAUUUUUCCUUUGAUUUGCAGAAUUUCUUAUUCUCUUACAUUAAGCAUUAAUGGAAAAAUGAAAUAAUUUUGACAACUGUCCAAAAUUUUUUAUUUUAACACUUUCAUUUAUUUCCUGGUAUAUUGUUUACUGGCAGAAGUGAAUGCUUUAUUAGAAGCAAAAUCAAGAAAUAUGUUUUUAUGGUUAUUGCAUCAUGAGUUUAAAUGAAGGCUUUUAUUUAACUCUUACUUGUAGAGUAUCACAGUAACAGGUUCAAGCUCUAGCUAUUUGGCUAUUGUUAAUGUUGAUGGUUUCACCUAUCCUUACCAACUAAAAAUUAUUUUAAUAAUAUUUACAAAUCUUCUUAAGCAUUUUCAUUAUUGCAGUUUCCCACAAUUAUUUUACUGUUUCACUGAUCAUUUAUUACUUAAACCUUUAUUUAGCACCUUAAGUCAGAUGACUGGCAUCCUGUGUUUAUAUUCCACUUUGAUUUCAUCAUUGUAAAGUCUUGUAUAAUUUGUGCAUAUAAAGUGACAACUCAGUUUUUUCAGGCUAAGAAUUUUUCUUAAUACCAUCUGAAUCUACUAGUCUGGGGGUUUGUUAGAGAAUAUGUUUUAUGGUUUGCCUCAAUGUGCUUACAUUCAUGACAAACAGAUUGUAAGUCAUAAUUACCUACAUAAGGAAUGAUUGUAAAUUAAGUGUUGACUGGAAAGCACUUUGAGUAAGUGUAUGAGGUGCUAUAUAAAUGCUAAAUGUCAUUCAUUUGGAAAUUGUAUGCCUUUGGUCUGAUCUUCCAUGUUGAGUUGUUUAAGUUCAGUACCUUAAUUGUGUAAUUUCCUUAUUAUCCCCAUUUUUUUUUCUUGUAGGGUGGCCCACUUUUGGUUUUUUUGUUUUUGUUUUUUUAGUGAGGCAGUUGGGGUUAAAUGACUUGCCCAGGAUCACACAGCUAGUAAGUGUUAAGUA